AUGCUCAGGGCAGCGGAAACGUUCCUGCUGGUCCCUGUGCUCCUGGCGGCGGUUGCCAAUGCGGCAGUCACCGCUCGCGCUGAUGACGGCCCGGCCGCGGCCCCUGCCCUCCAGGGCCCCGCCGCCGCCUUCGACCCGUCCAAGGAUAUAUACGCGCUGUCCCACAUCAACGUGAUCGUACCCAACGUCACCAAGGAGGCUGCUUACUACCGCCGGCUCCUCGGAUGGCGCCCAGCGUCCAAUCAGGACGGCCCCAUGCGCUACAUGAACGUCAGCCUGCCCGGAUUCUGCGUGGAUGCCGGGCUGCCGGCCGGCUGCCGCCUGGAUGUCGUGUUCUUGAAGCACCCCGCCAUAGGCAUGUUCCUCGAGCUCUUCACCUACUACGCGCCUCUGGAUGGCAAAAAGCUUGCCGCCUCGCGCAUCUAUGAUGCGGGCGGCAUACGCCACGUGGCCCUGGAGGUGGAAGACGUGAGGGCGGCGUACAAGCACUAUAAGGCGCUGGAAGCCAAGGGGCUGGCGACGGUGCUGACGUCAUCGGAGCCCCAGAGCCUGGACCCCUUCCCCCUGGCUGCUGGGAGCCGGAAACCCCCUUGCACCGCUCACUCGUGCUGCCGGACUGCGUCCGACCCGCUUGUUGUCCCCUGA